GUAGACCCUGAGGGGUGAUUAAUACCGAUACCACCCACUCCUCCAGUGACUCUUCCUCCUACAAUCACUGCCUCCACAGGCGCUGAUUCACAGCCCCAGGCGGGCCAGCUGCCAAUGCGCACCCUGAACCGACUUCAAAAGGAGCCUGAACACCAAAGUUGGUGGGGGGACAAAAAGAUGAUUCCUUGUGCUCAGCAGGCUCAGGCCUAACCCUAUUACAACGGUUACCCUGAAAAAUCCCCCCUCACUCGGUAUCGAGUACCUCCAGAUUCAUCCACCAUCCACCAUCGCGGAUACUCAUCUCAUACCAAGUCUAGGUACCAGUCCAGUACCAGUCCAGUACCAGCACCACCACCACCAGCACCACCACCACCAGCACCACCACCACCAGCACCACCACCACCAGCACCACCAUACAUCCCACCCUUUUCUCCCUUCCCACCAGAGGCUCGUCGUGCAGGAUUCCAGCCGACUUCCUCCUGCUCCUGCUCCACCAUCACCACGGCUUCCUCUCACGGGUCCAAGGACGCGUUCGCUAUCCUUAACAACAUCUGCACCCCAGCCUCGUUGCUGUUUGAUCCCCGCUACACCACCUGCCAACGACCUUCCCCUCUACCCCCCUUUCGUACUUUUCCCCCCUCGCCAACCGUCCAACGACUACCCCCCUCACUUCCCAGUACCAUCAGUGUGCGAGAUCUUGAUACCGAGCACACAGUCGUCCCCAUGGACAAACGACAUCCAAGUUCCUUCCAGCAGCUGGAGAAGCUGGGUGAGGGAACCUAUGCUACGGUACGUUGAGCUCUGCCACUUACUUGAUUUGGUGUUGGCGUAUUUGGCGCAAAUAUAUUAGAACCGACCUUCGCAUAUCAAAACUUCCUGACUGACAUCUCGCAGGUUUUCAAAGGAAGAAAUCGACAGACCGGUGAAUUCGUAGCCUUGAAGGAAAUCCACCUAGACUCCGAAGAAGGCACCCCCUCCACCGCCAUUCGAGAAAUCUCUUUGAUGAAAGAAUUGAAACAUGACAAUAUCGUCAGCCUCCACGAUGUCAUUCAUACCGAGAAUAAACUCAUGCUGGUUUUCGAUUACAUGGACAAGGAUUUGAAGAAAUAUAUGGAUACACAAGGCGAUCGAGGAGCACUUCCACCCAUUACCAUCAAGUCAUUUAUGUACCAAUUACUAAAAGGCAUCGAUUUCUGUCACACCAACCGAGUUCUUCACCGAGAUCUCAAGCCCCAAAACCUCCUCAUCAACACCAAGGGUCAAUUAAAACUGGCGGAUUUUGGUCUCGCUCGAGCUUUUGGUAUUCCAGUUAACACUUUUUCCAACGAAGUCGUCACCCUUUGGUACCGAGCUCCAGACGUUCUUCUUGGUAGUAGAACCUACAACACAAGCAUCGAUAUUUGGUCAGCAGGUUGUAUCAUGGCCGAGAUGUACACAGGACGUCCCCUCUUUCCAGGUACCACCAACGAAGAUCAACUCGUACGAAUCUUUCGAAUCAUGGGAACACCCUCUGAACGUACUUGGCCAGGAAUCUCACAGUACACGGAAUACAAACAAAAUUUCCAAAUGUACGCUACACAAGACCUGCGUGUCAUCCUCCCACAAAUUGAUCCCUCGGGAAUCGAUCUUUUGCAAAGAAUGCUACAGUUGAGACCGGAAUUACGAAUUUCUGCACACGACGCUCUACAACAUCCUUGGUUCGGUGAUCUGGGAGGACAAGUGAGACACCCCCAGACUCCGGGUCAGAUGCCAAUUCAGCAACCAAGGGGGUAUGCGUUACCGCAACAAGGAAUGGCUGCUCCAGGUUAUGAAGGGUAUUAGGUUUUUUGGGCGACUUGAAAGUUUUCCUUCAAAAGUACACGCAAAAAGAACUUGGGGGUGGGAUGGGAUAGGACUAGAGGCAGAAUAACCCGAGUGCUAUUUCCUUUUUUUGCUUUUCUUCUUCUGGCUUUUAUAGCUUUUGAUGUUGCAUGCAUGGAAGGCGUUAGGCAAGGACCAAGCUAAGCUAAGCAAGUGGAUUAUGAGUGGAAAGCGUGCGUUUUCUGUUUUUUGUUUGUUGCUGUUGCGUUCUUCUUCUUUUCCUUUUCUCUUUCUGAUGACUGGAUUGGAGGAUACGAUUUCCCUUUAUACGUUUCUCCUUUUUUUCUCUCUUUUCUUUUGCCUCUCUUCUCUUCUGCUACUCGAGUACACUAUGCGGCGAUGCUACUCUCUUUUUUUCUUACCUUUUUUUUUCUUCUUACGUGAGUAGGUACGACGGAAAGGAAAGGCAUGAAAAGAAAAGGUCUUUUUAG